AUGGGCACAAUCUCUAUAAGAAAGUUCAUUCGCUGGCUCCCCGACGAACCAAGCGAACCAACAACAACCCUCGUAAUCACAAGUCCACGACUAAAACGCUUCGUCGAUCUCCGAAUCCUCUUAUCAGACAAUGACUCGACCGAUAAGAUACCAUUUUCCCGCCUGGACUGGGCUAUAGCAGGUACAACAGUGGCAACUCGUAAACCCGAUCCUUCAGGUGCUCUGACAUCUCACUCAACAUUUCUCCAAUGGAUAUCCUCUCGUGAAUUGGUAAACGACUCGGGUUUCAUGUACCCGCAAGCCGGUGAAAAUCUUACACUGGAGAAAGGAAGUAUGGUGAAUCCGGACACGGGUGUUGAUACAGCGUAUGAAGAGCUUUGGCAUGAUGCCACACCGACUGCUGUGCCGGGAGAAGCAGACGUUAGAGCGUUGGUUUUGCAGACCGAGGAUGAAGAGAAGGGUGUGAGAGGCUGCGUUGUAAGGCUGGGAAGAUACGCGCAGGGAUUGAUCAGAGUUGGUGAGAAGAUUGCGUUGGAGAGGUGGGAGUGGGUAGAGGGUGGAUGGAAGAGGACGGUUAGGAUGGGCGAUGAGGAAUUACCUAUCGCGAAGAUCUUGGGCGAGGAGAUGCUGGAGGAGAAUGAUAGUGUUGAUGUUGGUGGAAGAACGUGGAAUGUUAUUGAAGCAAGUGGCAAGCCCAUUUCAAAGUAA